AUGGCCGUAGCGCACACGACGGCCGUCGGUUUGGUGGGAGCAAAUUUAUUCAUCACCAUCAAUCGCAUCAUACUCGGUUCGUUCAGCAACAUUGCGAUCGGCAUCGGGACCUGCUACUUUCUUGCCCCGACCGGGCCCGUGCACGGUGCCAUCCGGCUGACCCAGCGCAACAACCAUGCGAACAUAUCGGAACUGCUCGACAACUUGCUGCGCGGCUACGACAAUAGCAUUCGACCCGACUUUGGAGGACCACCGGCAGUCAUCGAGGUGGAUAUUAUGGUGCGCAGCAUGGGGCCAAUCUCCGAGGUGGAUAUGACGUACUCGAUGGAUUGCUACUUCCGGCAGUCGUGGGUUGAUCGGCGGUUAGCAUUCAGCGGCGCCCAGGACACGUUGGCACUCAGCAUUUCCAUGCUCGGGCGCAUCUGGAAGCCGGAUACGUACUUCUACAACGGCAAGCAAAGCUAUCUGCAUACCAUCACGACACCGAACAAGUUCGUGCGCCUCUACCAGGACGGGCGCGUGCUUUAUUCGAGCCGACUCACCAUUAAGGCCGGCUGUCCGAUGAACCUGGAGGACUUCCCAAUGGAUACGCAGCGCUGUCCGCUGAAGUUUGGCUCGUUCGGCUACACCACGAACGAUGUCCUGUAUCGGUGGAACAGUGGCCGGACGGCCGUUUCCAUUGCUGACGACAUGAAGCUAUCCCAGUUCGAUCUGGUCGAAUGGCCGGCCGGAAACGUGACGGAUCGGGUAGUGCACAACACGGCCAGCGCUGGUGCGACCGUCCUGAACGGGAUGAACAACGCCGAUCUGGAGCUGGGCCUCGGGCUUGACGGUGGCGUCGGACGCACCUCCACCGGUGGCGACGGCAAGCUGUACAUGUCGGAAUAUUCUAUGCUGCUGGUGAGCUUCCAUCUACAGCGGCACAUGGGCAACUUUCUGAUACAAGUGUAUGGGCCGUGCGUGUUGCUGGUCGUCCUGUCCUGGGUUUCGUUUUGGUUGAACCGCGAGGCGACGGCUGAUCGGGUUUCGCUCGGCAUUACCACCGUACUGACGAUGACGUUCCUGGGUCUGGAGGCACGCACGGAUCUUCCGAAGGUGCCCUACCCGACCGCGCUUGACUUCUUCGUGUUCCUUUCGUUUGCGUUCAUUUUCGCAACGAUCAUCCAGUUCGCGAUCGUACACUACUUCACCAAGUACGGUUCGGGCGAGUGUUACUUCAGUGUGGACGAGCUGACGUCCAGCUCGGAUGAGGACGAUAGCGACCGGGAAGUGGCGGGUCGCAAUGGACCCGGUUCGUCUGCCACCCAGCAUCACUCCAUCAACAUCGGCCCCUCCACGUCCAGCCGGUGUGUUGGCAAGCGAUGCUCAACGAUAACCUCCAUCAGCGGAGCUCAGGGUAGUGCCUCGACGGAUUCGCGUAUCAUUGAGGUCAUACCGCUGUCCGUGUGUUCUUUCCCGCUAACACCCAUGCGCAAGACGCCCAAGUCAUCCUGGACGGAUGUUUCGUGCUUCGGCGGAGGUCCGUGUGGUAUCGAAGACCCCGCGAAUGAACCACACGCCGAGAGCGGGUCCUCCACGGUAGAGCGGACGGGCACGUUCGGGGCCUCCAUUGAUACUGCCACUACCUCGUCCUCGUUUACGUCCACACCGACGGCCACCACGUCGCUCGGUGGUAAACAUCGACGGCGUUCCGGGACGUCCACAAACCGCUCAGGGACGGUCCAGCAUCUUACCAUCAAUGCUCCGCUGACCGCGUCGGAAAUACACGGUGCCAAUGGACAUCGGACACGCCGGCGCAGGAAACGAGCGCCACGCUUCAAUUCGGUCUCCAAGAUCGAUCGUGCCUCGCGCAUCUUCUUCCCACUGCUGUUCCUGGCCAUCAAUGUGUUCUACUGGUAUCUGUAUCUGUCACGCAGCGAGCGACUACCACAGCAGCACCACAAGACCGGUUAG